AGUCAGCACUUGAGCGCAUUCCUUGACGUGGAGGUCGGUGUAUCUCUCCAAGGAUUUGAUGAAGACUAUUCGUUACAAGUUUAAUACCUUCACAGAAACUUUUUUUCCACCGGAGCGAGCGCACGCACGGAAAACUACAAGGUCUUGGAGUUAUAUCGGUGAACUGCUCCGCUUGGAUAAAGACAAACAAGCGCGACUGCGCUCACAACUUUACUUCUACGAAGUUCAGGGAAAAAAGAAGAUCUGAAAGCAAGAAAAGUGGCGCAAGAGUAGAGGAAGAUUCUUCACUGGGCUGAGCAUGGAGAGAGGAAGGGUCGGCACCAUGAAGGUCUUUCUCACUCCGCUGAUGCCCUUUCUGCUCUUCCUCAUCCUUCCUGAUGGCACCCUGUCCAGCAACUGCCCAGAAGGCUGCUCCUGUUCAACGCCAGAAUCCAUCUUAUGCUUCCAGAGACGCUCCUCUACCAUUCCCAGGGGUGUGGCCUCGUCCACAAGGAGUCUCUACCUCUUUGCCAAUGGCAUUGAAGGCUUGACAACGGAGGACUUCGAUGGUCUGGAGAACCUGGAGAUGCUGGACCUCAGUCAAAACAAACUGACCGAACUGACUGAUAGGGUGUUUGAACCGUUGACCUCUUUGAGGAACCUGGACUUGUCAUCCAACCAGAUCAGAUACAUUUCAGAGGAAUGCUUCCAUGGCAUGGAACUGCUUGAGCGCCUUUAUUUGUAUAGCAAUCUUAUCGAGACCAUCCACCCUGCAGCCUUUAAUGGCUUGGAUCACCUGCUGGAACUUAAGCUGCAGGGCAACCAGUUGACAUCCCUGCCUGCUCUCUCAAUGCCUCGAUUACUGCUGCUGGACCUUCGCUUUAAUGUCUUACCCACCUUGGGGCCUUCUGACCUCCAGACCCCAAACCUGGAGUCGCUCAAAUUGGGUAGUGUGGGUCUCACCAGCCUGAAUAAAGAGCUCAUUGUUAGUCUAAAGAACCUCCAUGAACUGGACAUCUCAGGAAACCAACUGGAGUCCUUCCCCUCGGCGCUUAAGGAGACCCAGGGGCUGAUUCGCCUCAGCCUGGCUGGGAACCCGAUGGGUCCUCUUAAGGUUCAAGACCUGCAGAACUUUGGAGAGCUGCAGGAGUUGGACAUCAGCAGCCUCAGUUUGCAAAGCCUCCCUGAAGAAUUCGCUCAGCUCCUACCAUACCUAAAAAAGCUUACAGUAGCAGAAAACCCCUUCAACUGUCUCUGUAACUUAGCAUGGUUCCCAAGAUGGGUGAGGGGAAAUAUAAUCACAAUUGAGAGGACAGAGGAGACACGCUGCCAUUUCCCACCUAUCAAUGCUGGAAAGGUAUUGGAAAGACUGGAGCACAGGGAUUUUGGCUGUCCUACAACAACUACAGUCACCACUAGUACUGUCAAAACUACCACUACCAUGCCUAUUCCUGUCACUACCUCCCCAAGUACUACUAGAGCGGUUCCAGCCCCCAAGGCCAGUGAUAACCCCAAGGGAGAAGAUGAUGACUAUCCCCUGGCCCCGGUCCCUGCAUCCCCCAGUAGCAGCAGCAUGGAUGAGGUACCACAUUUCUGUCCCCCUCACACCUGUCUCAAUGGGGGUACCUGUCGUUUGGACAAGCACGGUCAGGUGGAAUGUACCUGUCCACAUGGUACCUCUGGCUUCUAUUGUGAAAACCAAAACCGUCACCUGCCUUCACCAACUGAAGUUGACAUGCCCAUGGUAACUGUCGCUGUAGAUGCGUCAGACAUCAGCUCACAUCAAGCAACCGCAACCUCAAUCCUGCUGGACCUCCACCGCUACAUUGAGAUGCGGCCUUACAUCCGCGGAAUCCGCCUAACCUACCGCAAUCUCUCUGGACCGGACCGCAGGCCGAUUCAACUCAGCCUGCCAGCAUCUUUCCCAGAGUACAGACUCAGAGGCCUGAAGCCCAACUCCACCUACACUGUGUGUGCCAGCCCACUAGGUGCACCAACUGGCAUAGACAGUGUCUGCACUGAGGCCCAUACCGCUGCAGAAAUCAUCAGGGGUCCUGAUGCGCAGUUUGACGACCAGAAGCUGACCACCAUGCUGGUACCUGCAGUUGCCAUCUUGCUUCUGCUGGUACUGAUAGCAAUAGCAGUGGGAGUGGUGUGCUACCUUCGCAGGAAGAGGGCCAAGGGCCACCUGGACCUAGAGUGUGAGCCCCCCCAGCUAGAGUUGGAUGGUGUGAAGGCUGGUUUGGACAAUGGGGCACUGCCUCAAAAACAGCCCCAACUUAUGAUGCCUGAGCCUGUUGUUCAGAAUGGCAAUCUGGAGUAUGAGGUGUUGCUACUACAGGAUCACUGUUCAUCAAAUAACAAUAAGCCUUCCUACUUUUGACACCUGACUACUCAGACCUAAAGGAUGGUUUUUAAUUCUACAGCUCUGUUGAAACACAGAGAGCAGCAAAUGCUGUUGUGAAAGUGGAGGAUGCAGUAUCAGACAGCCAACCAGCAACGGAGAAACCGGACAUAUAUUUGAGUCAAUGCCCUCCGGUUGUCUAAGUAGACAUUAAACAAGUUGAAAAACAUUUGUUUGGACUUCAAAAAAGCAUUGAAAGUGCCUCUACUCAAUUUAUAUGCUGCAUCUUGCUUUAAUUAUAUCUCCUCACUCACAUUGCUGGAAUGGCAACCUCUUGAGAGUGUUGUUGUCAUUGGCUGAAACCUAGGGUUAAGGGACAUGGUGACCUCAGGCCCUCCUUUACCAGUCCAUAAAGGAGAGUGCACUGAAAUGGGGUUGUGCUGCCCUUUUCCCAUCAGAACAGCCCAAGUAAACACUAUCGGCAAUUGUUUUUGCUGCAUGUUGUAACUCCUCAGCACUACCCCAAAGGGAUCAGUGCUUGCUGUGAAUGACCUUUAAGACACCAAAUGAAGAGAGAAAAUAGCUGAUGCUUGUAUUGCUUUAUUUGGCUGUAAAACUUUUGUUUUGUAUGUAUGAUUUUUUUUAUACCUGUGUCUUUAUGUAAAUUUGUUAUUGUGCAACAUUUUGUGAGUGUUAACAGCUUUUAUACCCUCCACCCCCGCCUCUUGUGACUAACAGACAAAACAGCAGAUUAAAAUCUUUGAAGAUUAAAACUCGUUUGGUACCAGCAAAGUCAAUCAAAGGGCUUUGCCCCUAGAAUGUCAGACAGUCUAAGUAGAUGUGAGUCUGGACAGACUCAAGACUAAAUCCCCCUUCUCCAUACUGAAGCCCCCAGCAUGCUUUGCCAUCACAAAGGGAGAAGGUAAGCAGGAUUUACAAAAAGGUACAGAGGGAAGCAGUUGACUGAACCCCUUCUGUUUCAGCGCUAUGCUGAAUUUCAACCAGUUUAGAGCUCGCCUUAAUUACAGUAAGCACUCACAUGACUACCACAGCAAAAGAGAACUUCAGAGACAUUAUUUAUUAUUUAUAUUCCCUGCAAGGGAAACUCUGUAUGAUUCCUAAACCACAAUUCACAUUCAACAUGCUACUUGGCCGGUACCACAACAAGCAAAGCAAAUAGUGGUUGUGUAUUGUGUUUCCCUUCAGUAAAAAUAGCCCGCUCGGCGUAAUCGUGUGCACAAUUUCUUCUUGGCAACGAGGGUCCUAGUUUUGCUCACUUGCACCUAACCAGACUAUGGAAAGGCCAGAUGCACAAGAGAAGCAAGCAAACUUAAUAGUGUUUAUUUUGGUGAAUAGAGAACAGUGACACUUGCAAAGUGGGAGAUCCACAGGAAGGUUAUUAUGCAGACACACAGUGCAGAGAUCCAAAUCUGUGAAUAUAGGGCAAAGAAGGACUCAAAGUAGCCUUUUGUGUGUUUGGGAGCAUGUGUGUGUGCGUGUGUGUGUGUGUGUGUGUGUGUGGGUGUGUGUGGAUCUGUAGACUUCAGUGAUAAUGCAAGUGCGUGUUCCGUCUUGUGCAAAGACCUGCAGACAUCAAGCUACUAUCAGUUACCCCCCUCUAUCUGCCCGCAUGCUUUAGAGUGCAUCAAGCCCCAAACAACUCUACCUAUAGGCAAACACACCAAAGACACACCUGUGGAUGUCUGUAAAUUACCUGCUUACAGUAUUUCCAGCACACAAUUAACACUUAACUGCUAACAAGAUGCCUUAAGAACCCACACAAACAAACAAUCAAGCAAUGCAACUGGAAUAUUUGUCUGUAAAAUAGAAUACAUUGAAGAUAACCAAAAGUUUUUUUCGAUGUGAUUGUUAAUUUUUCCCUGUUUAUUUUGGGAAGCUCUUUGUUGUCAAUAAUUGUUUUUUUUUUUAAUUCUGUGAUUUGUACAAGUGGAAAAAAGUGAUAUUAUCAUUAAAUGAAUAUCCAAAA